CCUCAAACUGUCUGACAACAACAGGAAGGUGACCUAUGUGGAGGAGGUUCAGUCAUAUCCUGAUCAUCCAGAUAGAUUUUACUGUCCCCAGCUGCUGUGCGGAAAUAUUCUGACUGGUCGCUGCUACUGGGAAGUCAAGUGGAGAGGAGACGUUUAUAUAUCAGUGAGUUACAAAGAAAUCAGAAGGAGAGGAGACAUGAGAGACAACAGUCUGGAUCUGAAACGUAAGAGUCUAGCACACAGGUUUUUGCUUUGCAUCCGCCAUCAGAUGUUUGGAAAAGAACUAGUAAUUUUCUUUACAUAUAAAAAUCCUUUUUGCAGCCAUGCAGAUCCUUUUCUUUAUUCACAAACUGAAAUUCUUUGGCAGAUUUUAAGUUAUUUGCAAACAUUCAUUUACAGCUGCAGAAUCUUCAUGGCUUCGUAAUGACCCUACAUGUUUCCAGUCAAAGCUUCACACUGAAUAUCAGGAUGUUGUGUUCACUUCAUGUCAGCUGCAGUUAGUUUCACUUCAUGAUGCUGGAAAUGAAAAUUAUCCCAGUGUUUCACUCUUAGUUUUUUGCUUCAUUCUGUCUUUAUUUGGAUUUUUUGACAUUUUCACGUGUUGAAUUAUUGAUUUUUCACCUUUUGCCUCUUUAUUCACCACAAUCUUCAUUUUUCAGUCUGUCUCCAAGUGUCUGACUUCAUAUCUGAAAUGUAGACUCUUCAUGUACUUUUAAGGUUUUCCAUCCAAACAUUUCUCUUUUCUAUGAAAUUUGUACUUAAUAUGUGAAGAUGUAGAUGGUGAAAUGAUUGUGUAUUUUUGGAGAAUAAAUGAUGUAUCUUCUCGUAGGUGGGUGGUUAUUCCAGCAGGACGAUGUCAGACCUCAUUCUGAACGAAUUCCAGCAGCUUCAUACACACAGAGUGUGUUUGACUGUCCUGCUGAAAACAAAACAGCAGAAAAAGUGAUUCCCUUUUUUAAAUUUGUCUUCUUUAAAAACUCAUUCGUUUAAUUCUCCUUUUUCCCCCUUUCAUCCUGCAGAGACAAACCCAAAAAUCUCUCAAAGAGUCUCCUCUGGGGCAAUAAGGACUUUACCUUUCUCCCACUCUCCUCUGAUUUAUUCCUCCUCCUGCCUUCUCUCCUUCCUCUCCAGCUGUGUUGACAUCUGGAUUUCCUCCGCUCCGCUUUAAAUCACGUGGUCAGGACAAAGAAUGGAGACGAUGCCUUCAGGGAACUCUGUAUAUCUCCACGACACUUAAUUUUUAAAAAAGUGGAUUAGUUUGAUCAUUUCCACAAUUAAUUUGUUUAGUUUUUAAUAUUAUUAUUAUGUUAAACUUUAUUUUUCUUAUUUAUUUUCACUGGUUUUCACCUCCAUGAGAAAUAUUUUAAGCUCAUGUUUUAUAUUAGAAGUUAGUUACUUUAUUAUUUUGGUUCAUGUAAACACAGUUUGUUUGUUUGGUACAUGGAUCUGAUUUAAAUGUAACAUUUUUAUCCAUGGUAACUGAGAUUUAUGCAACCAGGGGGCAAGUUGGACUUGCCACUACCUACUGCUAGUUUUUCCCACCGCACUUGAAUGCAUCAUGGUGGCAGCAGACAGAUGAGACAGAAACUGUGUUUCUGGAUGUUUGCAGACGGUUUGUAGGUUUGUCAGAAGGAGCAGCUGCUCCAGACGUUUCCACUCUGACUUCUUCAUCAUCAUCAUCUUCAUCCUAUGACUGCCUCCACACACUGAUGCCUGAGGAUGGAGAAGGUGGAAACGUGGUGCAUGGCCUCAUGAAGACCGGCUAUAGCUGAGAACAGCUGGUCUGUUCCAGCUUCAGGUCUGUCUGAGAAUGCAUUCCUGUUCAGGAAGUCUUCAGACGAUGCUGAGGAAGGUGGCAGUGAUGAAGAGGAGGGUUGUCCAUGUGAAGGGAGACCUGAUGUGCACGCUGGUGCUUCUGGUUGUAUUCUGUGUGCUGCUCUACACCCGCCAGGUGGUACUUUCUCCCGGAUGGAGCCGACCCCAAUGGAAGCUGGAGAUCCAUGGCUCCACCAGCCCCAGUCGGACCCUGCUGGGAGCCAGAGGAGCCAAAGCAGGGCGGGGGUCUCCAGGGCUACCAUCAGAGACCCAGCUGCCUCCCUGUAAGCUUCAAUCCAACUCUAAACUUCCACACCCCAAAUCCAGACCUAAGACCAAGUCUAAGUCCCGGAGGAGGAACGCCACGCCAACCAGGAUCCCUGCUAAAGUCCUGCCAACCAUGCAGCCCUUUGACUUCCAGGGUUACCUGAGAGACAAGGACAACAGGAAGUUCAACCUGCUCAUCGACCAGCCACAGAAAUGUCACAUCAGAGGAACAGGGGAGGAGGAAGGAGGAGGAGGAAGAAGAAGACAAGGGAGCGAAUCUGAUGCUGCUCCCUACAUGCUUAUUGCAGUCAAAUCCACAGCUGCAGAUUUCCAUAAACGUCAGGUGGUGCGUCGGACGUGGGGUAAGGAGGGACGUUUUCAGCCUGGGGUGUCCAUCCGGACGGUGUUCCUUCUGGGGGUUCCCAGGAAUCGCAGUGCCCUGCCUCUAUGGGAGCGGUUGCUGAGCUAUGAGAGCCAGACCUUCAGGGACAUCCUGCUGUGGGACUUUGAAGACACCUUCUUCAACCUAACCCUGAAGGAGACACAUUUUCUAGAAUGGGUCAACAGCAGCUGUCCCCACGUCAGGUUCAUCUUCAAAGGCGAUGCUGACGUCUACGUAAAUGUGGAGAACAUUCUGGAGAUGCUUCGGGACCAGAAACCAGAGGAGGAUCUGUUUGUCGGCGACAUCAUCAUUCAUGCCAAACCCAUCCGCCGCCGUUCCUCCAAGUACUAUGUUCCAGAGUUUAUGUAUGGAGGUCUUCUGUACCCGGACUAUGCUGGGGGAGGCGGGUUUGUCAUGUCGGGACACACAGCUCGGAGGCUAAGCUCCGCCUGCCAGCAGGUGGAGCUGUUUCCAAUUGAUGACGUCUUCCUGGGAAUGUGCCUCCAGCUGAUCGGAGUCAAACCUUCCCGUCACCAGGGCUUCCGGACCUUUGGGAUUCCCCGGCCGUCUGCAGCGCCCCAUCUCCAGACCUUCGACCCCUGUUUUUACCGAGAGCUCAUGGUGGUCCACAGCCUCAAUGUCCCUCAGAUUUGGCUUAUGUGGAACCUCCUGCAUGACCCGAAUCUGAGCUGCCACAACCGGACCGGCCUGAAUCCCCAGCCCUUUAAAUGGAGAGAGAUGAUGAUGGAGGAAGAAGAUUACACUGAGAAACAGGUGUUUUUAACACAUUAAGAACCAGUUUAAAAAGCUGGAAUCAUGAGACUUUAUCUAGACCAGAAGAUUAUCCGGGAGGAAAUGAACUGGCUGAAGAUCAGUAAGGAAGCCCAGAGAGGCUCCGUCAUGUCCUCGCAGCAUGGACGAUGGUUUUGACUUGAAAAUGAUUGUGUGAUCAGCUGAUUUCUUUGGAUGUUGGAAUGUGUAAUGGUGGUUAAACCAGGCCACGUUGGUACUAAGAGACCCAAAGUGGGAACAGGAACAGGUGUUCUGCUGGUAUAGCCCAUCUGCUUCAAGGUUGGACGUGUUGUGUUCAGAGAUGCUGUCCUGAAGACCUUGGUUGGAACCAGUGCUUAUUAAACCUGUUGCCUUUCCAUCAUCUCCAACCUCCAAAGAACAUGUUGCUUCCAUGGGACUGACUGGUUAUUUGUGUAAACAGGAAGUUGAGCAGGUGGACGGUGAAAUUUUACUGACUGUUCAGAUGUUUGUGUAAAGAUCAUUUUACUCGAGUCAGUUCUGAUAUGAAAGCACGUAUUUUAAUGUAGUAAAGCUCUCAACAUCAUAGAUGAAAUAAAGGAGCUUUUCUAGAAAAACUGAUAUAGUUAUAAGGAUUUCAGCUGUAGAGACACUAAGUCUGGACCGUCCCUUCCUGCAGCCUAAGGCACCAACUGCUUUCAUAAAAAGGAAAACAUGAAUUAAUUUCUCUCAGUGAUGGGAAAUCUGCAUCAGGUUUGUUAUAACGUACAGCUGCAAGUCAGCAGAGGAGAGAUGCUGCAUGGACUGACCCACUGGGAGGAAUCAGAAGGCGCUUCCAGCUGUCGAGCCUCAGCUCAGGAGUUUUCCCUUUAUUUACAGGACAUAGAAAGUUAAGUUUGCAACAGAGGGAGUCGGGGAACCCCUCCCAUCCUUUCUGCUUUACGGGACAAAACAGUCACAUGAUCUGGUUCCUGGAGGAGAACUAAAAUGGAAACCAGCUGCACAUCUGGAAGCUCAUAUCACCAUGACACACAUUAUGAAACCUCUGCUUUUCCAUGUGUUUUCUUUUAAAUGAAAACACUGAUUCACUUUCAGCUGCUUCUCUACACUUUCCGUUUUCACAGACUUGGAUCCUGUUUUUGUCUCGUUGGUGAUCAGCAGGAUAUUAAAAUGGUCUGUAGGGUGUUUAUCGCCACGACGACAGUGCGAGGUGAAUCUUCAGGACAAGAGCUGAGAAAGAAACAAUGCAUGAACAGGCUGUUUUGAGGGUUAAUAAAGAC